AGACUCGGCCUCAACUGAGGUGUCUGCGUAUAAUUAUAGGUGGUCCAUAUAACAUUACGUGAAAUUGAAAGUGUGGGUUUUAAUUUCUAAUUCAGAUCAAGCUUUUAUUUUGAAGGCCAGUAUGAUCUGAAAUCCAACGGAAGUGAUUGCCUCCUAGCAACAUGACCUCCGUCAUCAACGUUUCGUUUCCCCUCUUUUAAUAAGUAAAAAUCACAAUUUAGUAAUCUUUCGAGUAUAAUAUAAACAUUUCACAGUAUUCAAACUUUUUCACCGCUGAUAUGAGAGAUUUUUACUGUUAAUUUUCCUCCCGGAAGUACUGGAGGCGUCGAGUGUUAGCUUAGCAUGUUAGCCCCGGAAACGGACGGAUUAUUUUCUGAAGGAGUUUAAGAAAAGUUUUAACUUCGAUUGUGUGAAAACCUCAAAAGGUCUCUACGUUAGAGAAAACACAGAAGACAUGGAAGAACCGACCCAGCGUGAGGAGACGGACUUUAAGUGUGAAGACGUCCAGCAGCUGAUGGAGACUAAAGAGGAGGAGAACUGGAGUCAGGACCAGGGGGACCAAAAACCCCCACAGAUUAAAGAGGAGCAGGAAGAGAAUGAGAUCACUCAGUCGACGUUCAGUCCUGUUCCUGUGAAGAGUGAAGAAGAUGAAGAGAAACCUCAACUCUCAGAGCUUCAUCACAGCCAAAAUGAGAAAAACAGAGACUCUGUGAAACCAGAACCAGAUGAAUGUGUGAAAUCAGACGACAGAGAUACAGAUUCCUCAGAGACGGAUGUAAGUGAUGGAAACUGGGAGGAGAGCAGUGAAGCUCAGUCAGGUUUGGGGUCUGGGUCAAAUCAAACAAUUGGUGCUUCUGGGAAGACUAACGAUGAUGAAGAGGAAGAGCUUCAUCACAGCCAAACUGUGAAGAAAAGAAACUCUGUGGAACCAAAUGAAUGUUCAAAAUCAGAUGAUGAAGAGGAAACUUCUGAUUCUUCUUCAGUGUCUUCAGAGAUGGACGUCAGUGAUGGAAAGUGGGAGGAGAGCAGUGAAGCCCAGUCAGGUUUAAACUCCACGACCAACAGGGAGUCCUCUGGUCGUUUCAGCUGCUCUGAAUGUAGUAAAGCCUUCACUCGCAGACAGUAUUUAUCAGAACACCAGAGAAUCCACACAGGAGUGAAACCCUUCAGCUGCUCCGUCUGCAGCAGAGCUUUUAGAUGGAAAAAUGGAUUAGUGCGACACAUGAAGUCCCACAGUGGAGAAAAACCUUUUAGCUGCUCAGACUGCGACAAAGCUUUUUCUUCUAAGAAGAAUUUGAUGGAACACACCAAGGUUCACUCAGGGGAAAAACCUUUCACCUGUUCUGUCUGUAGUGCAUCUUUUAAAAGAGCACACACCUUAAAGGAGCACAAAACAACCCACACUGGAGAGAAACCUUACAAAUGCUCGAUCUGCAACCAAAGCUUCAGGUACCGGUCCUAUCUAAUUGUUCACGUCAGAAAUCACAAAGAAGAAAAACCGUUCAGCUGUCCCACCUGUAAAGCAACGUUCAAACGGAAACUCACUUUAGAGGAACACAUCAGAACCCACACUGGAGAGAAACCUUACAGCUGCACGCUGUGCAGUAACAGCUACGUCCGCUACAUAAGCCUGUCUCGUCACAUGAGGUGUCACACAGGAGAGAAACCGUACAGCUGCUCCACCUGUCAGGCCACGUUCAGGUGGAGACAAGCGUUCGUGGCCCACACAAAGAUCCAUCCAGUGAAAUAACGUUUUACCUGCUCGGGGCAAUUUAGUCCCAUCUGAGCCUCUCAAAACACAAUCAGGGCUUCUUUAAUCUGUUGGUUAAAGUAAAUAAACAAGUUUAUUGUACUUUUA